AUGGCGCUCUUCAUUAUAUGUAAGACCCUAAAGAAGGAAGGCCGUGCCUUCCGAAAUAUUGGUAAAAAUAUAUAUAUAUUCCCGACUGUAAAAUCAGCCUUGCUUCUUUUCUUUCAUAUUUUCACAUAUUGCUGAUUAGAUCUUUUAUUAGGAUCCGGUACUUCUUCUUUGUAAGUUGGUCCUUGCUUCAAAAAUUGAAUUCGCUCUAUAAAUUCAUUUUAAUUUUUUAACAUUUGUUUGAAUUAAUUUUUAUCUAUUCAUUUACUAUCAUCCAAAGAAAUUUGGUCAUAGUCUUUCUUUGUUUGAAUGUUAAAAUGGACUAAGUUACACUGAAGAAAGGAAAGACCCCCCUCCCCCCCCCCCCCCCCCACCCUGAAAACAGAUAAGAUCUUUCUUUUUUUUUUUUAAAAAUAUUUGUAUUAAAAAAUUUUAUUUUUUUUUUUUUUUUUUUUUUUAUAAUAAUAAAUAACCUCACCCACAAAACACAAAAGAAAAAAAACAAAAAACACAUAGUUUGUCCUUUUUUUAAAAAUUUAAUUUUCUCUAUAAAUUUAUUUUAAAUUUUUAAACUUUUUUUGAAUUAAUUUUUAUCUUUUCAUUUACUAUCAUCCAAAGAAAUUUGGUCAUAGUCUUUCUUUGUUUGAAUGUUAAAAUGGACUAAGUUAAACUGAAGAAAGGAAAAGCCCCCCCCCCCCCUCCCCGCAAGGCUUUAAAACUGUAAUGAGCUUUUCUUUUCCGCUUUAAAAGCUGUGGAAUUACAAAUAUUUGCAUUUUUGCAGCUUAUUUUAUCAAAAUGCAUAGAAUCCACUCCAGCUACUAAAGAACAUGAUAUACGAACGAACACCAGAACGAAAUUUCUUUUGCCAAAACCUCCCAGCUGACGCCACGACUAUAAGAUGUGUACAGAAUAGCUGAUGAAUAGUAGUAGAUCGAUCGAUCAUUCAGCAAACCAAGUGAUCCUGAAACACGGCACCCAUUAUACUAGGCUUUUCGUGUGCAUACAUCAGUGAGUAUCACAUCAACGAGCUACGGACACCUACAACGAAUACCUGCAACCGUAGACAUGAAAUUGCAUUCCGUGUCUGUGCUAAUCGUGGGUUUGUUAAUAAUCAUAGCCACUUGGAUGGGGCUUGAAAAGGUUGGAAAUACGUUACGUUUAACACCUCAACGUUGUUGAAUUAUAACUGUGAACCGGCGAAGACUUUUUGGACUGAACAGUUUCAUAUAUAUUUUUUUCCUUUUUAUCAGAGGUUUGCUGAGUCGAGGAAGGACAAGACAUCUCGAUUUCAUCGCCAUGGAGAUUCCACUCCAAGGACAGACGUAAGUUACAGUGAGUUUCUAUCGCAGUUACCAUAAAAAAUAAAUUUGUGAAUGGAUAAAAAAAUUAGUAAGCGUCCCUAAAAACAUUUGGUGAUCAUUUAUGACUAUCACUAUCACAACACGCCUGACUUUUUUUAUUUAUUAAUUUUGCUAAUUCGUUUUUUCUUAGUAAUUCCGUCAUAGUGGAAGCUUUUAAGGGUCAUCUGUGUUUGACAGAAAUCGGGGUUUUCUAUUUUUAGAAUCCAAGUUUGGAGUUUGUUUUCGAAAAUCGGUGUUUGAAAAUUGGAGUUUGUUGUCGAAUGAUUGGAAUUCUGACAUCUGUGUUUGAUUGAAAUCGAAGUUUGUUAUAUAAAAAUCCAAGCUGGCUUUUUCUUGACAAUUGGAGACAGUUUCUAAAAGAGGAGUUUGUUUUCGAAAAUUAGAGUUUGCCAUCUGUGUUUGAUUGAAAUCGGAGUUUGUUAUUUAAUAAUUAUGAAUCCAAGUUGUUUUUUGCUUGAAACUUGGAGUCAGUUUCGAAAAUCGGAUUUUUUUUUUGAAAAUUGUAGUUCAGACAUCUGUGUUUGAUUGAAAUCGGAGUUUGACUAAGUUAGACAGAGUGCUUUCUUGUCAAGGAAUCAAAGCGUCUUGAAAAGAACUUACCUCUUUUUGCGAAUCCUCAACGCUCGCCAUUUUGUCUACCGCACAUGGCACAAGAGAGCUCACAGUCUGGGACUAAAGCUCAGGUGACCCUCGAAAACAAACUCAUAUUAUUUUUCUUGGUGAUAACUUGUUCUGAAGUUUGUGUCGCGACAAAAAAAGUUAGAGAAAUGCCUUUUAUUGUAUAUCUUUUGAUAUUCCAAAGCUUUCGCGCAACACAGUCGAGAAUAGCUCGAAUAGACCUUUACAAAGAUUAGCUACAUGUUCAAGCGACUUGCGGCUUGCAUUGUGUGGUUCCAAGAAAUAUCCAUUCCCUCCACGGUGGGCAUUUUUGCUUUAGACCCCCGCCCCCCCCCCCUCCCAUCCCCACCCUCUAGAAUUCCCGUCACUUUCCAACAUGGUUGGUUUCCCCCUGUGGGAAAAAUAUUUCCGUCAAAAAAUGCUGUUACUCUAUACUAUUAUGCGAAAGAAUAUGCUCCCUCCGGACCCCGGCCUCCCCCUUCGGAAUUUCCGUUGCCCUCCUGUGGAGGGAAGAUAUGGAUAUUUUUGGAAUUAGGAAUUCACCAUUUUCACAGAGACCAUAAGGCACCUUAUUUACCCCCAAAAGUUUGUAUAACCAUUAUCUUCGAUUCCUUUAGGGAAGACCGUAAUUCCCAGGAGAAUUGAAAACAAUGGUUAAUAUGUAAAAGUUUUAGGGAACAAGGUGCACUAUGUAUGGUCUCGGUCACUGAAAUGGUGAAUUAGAAAAAAAGAACAAGAAACAAAAUCUCGUCUUGCUUUGCCCCACUUGAAGACAAAAACAGCAUAUGCUAUCCAUGUUUUAUCAUAUUUAGGACUUUCGAUUCACCAGAUGUAAGAGUCAAAUGGACUGCAAUAGAGGCGAAUGCUGUCGGAUGACUCCUGGAAAUCAUAUUGGAUUCUGCAAGAAAAUGCUCUUGUACAAAGAGAGAUGUUAUCCCUAUGCACUGGUAUGUAUAAUGUAGCUUGGGAACAACUUGAAAAAUAAACGCACGUGUCUAAGUUUUACUCAUUAAAAUACGUUUAGAUUAUGCUGUUUAAAAUAAUGUCUACCUUGCAGCAUUCAAAUGUAAUACGGUUUAUAGGAAUAUUUGUCAGCCUAGGUGACAUGCCAAAACUAUGAUCGCUGGUUGCGCUGAUUCUAGCCUGCGUGGCAGGGGUUAAAAGGGGAAGGGGAAGGGGGAAUUUGGGCGCGCGAGAGCGCGUGGCACCCCGAACUGAUAUGAUUUCCUUUGGGUUAUUGAGACGCACCUUUUUGGCCUCUAUAGUGUUUUCACUCACGUGGCCAGCAUCUAUGCAAAUUUAUUAGAACAAAAGAAAGCGUUUGCAUAAGAAAAGAGUUCAACUCUCAGAGGAUUGGUUUGGGACACCAACAUGGCCGCCGUGACGUCAUGUGAAAACACUCUAUUCUGUCAAAUGGCUUUAAUUUUUGGACGGUCCGUAUCUAAAGCCCAGUACCUAUUUCGAAUUUUAGCUCUUGGGCAACUAAUUAUUCUAACUACUUUAUAUUAUUGUCCGCGAUGUAUUUUUGCUUUAUUAAUUCAAUGAGGUAAUUGCAUGCAUUAUUUUUGCCAAAAUUAUGCUUUACUGUUUCCUCAGAUAGGUCUUUUGUUUAUAAAUUUCAGAAUGGAUUAUCAGCGACUUGUCCAUGCAGCCCAGGUCUCACUUGCGCUGUAACUGGGAGCGAUCACGGCAAGAAAAGGCGCAUUUUUCAGUGCAUUAGUGUAGGUACUUAUCAAGAAACGGAAGGAUGGGAAGAAGAGCCACCUGAGACGGUCGCAACUGCAAAACCAUGAGCAGCUUUAUCUU